AUGAAGCCAAGUCCGAGGCUGUGGGCUGCGGUCCAGUCCAAGUCCCUAUGGGGUCGCAGUGGGGAGCGGAAGCCCCCAGCCUCCGCGAAUUCCCAGACGACAGAGCUGAGAAGGCCUCCUGAAGACCCCCGGGCUUCCCUUGGGUCACUGGCUCGCUGCAGGGAGCGGGCAGGCGCCAGGUCCGGGGAGGGCGGCCCUAAAGCGAAGACCCAGAGUCGCAAGCCGGUCACCAACUCAGACCCUGGAGUUCCCCGCGCCCACCGAAUGUCACAGCCUUCGUGGUUUUCAACCUGCUCCUGGGCUUGGUUCACGUGGGCGCUCAUGUGGCUUUUCCUGCGGGGCCACGAGGACAAAAUGAGAUAUUGUCAAAAUGAAGAAAUUGAAGCACUGGCAGCCAUUUAUGGGGAAGAAUGGUGUGUUGUUGAUGAACGGGCCAGAGUGUUUUGUAUUAGAGUUAGCGAUGACAAAGAUCAUCCUAAAUGGACAAUUUGCUUGCAGGUGAUGCUGCCGAAUGAAUACCCAGCUAUAGCUCCACCUAUUUAUCAGUUGAAUGCUCCUUGGCUUAGAGGGCAAGAACGUGUGAAUAUAUCCAACAGUCUUGAGGAAAUAUAUAUAGAGAAUAUUGGUGAAAGUAUUCUUUACCUGUGGGUGGAGAAAAUAAGAGAUACUCUAAUGCGAAAAUCUCAGCUGGCAGAACCAGGCCCGGUUGUACAGAAGAAAACUGACGAGGAGGACGUUGAAUGUGAAGAUGAUUUCUUUUUAGAAUAUGACCCAGAAAAUCCAUAUAAAGCAUUUGAUUAUGACUUCAGUGAAAAUCAACCAGAAAUAGAAGAAUUACCUCCAAUUGAUCAUGGCAUUCCUAUUACAGACCGAAGAAGUACUUUUCAGGCACACUUGGCUCCAGUAGUUUGUCCUAAACAGGUGAAAAUGGUUCUUGCCAAGUUGUAUGAGAAUAAGAAAGUAGCUAGUGCUACUCACAACAUCUAUGCGUAUAGAAUAUACUGUGAGGGUAAACAGACCUUCUUGCAGGACUGUGAGGAUGACGGGGAGACAGCAGCUGGUGGACGUCUUCUCCAUCUCAUGGAGAUUUUGAAUGUGAAGAAUGUCAUGGUGGUAGUGUCACGUUGGUAUGGAGGAAUUCUGCUAGGACCAGAUCGCUUCAAACAUAUCAACAAUUGUGCCAGAAACAUACUAGUGGAAAAGAACUACACAAGUUCACCUGAGGAAUCAUCUAAGGGUUUGGGAAAGAACAAAAAAGUAAAAAAGGACAAGAAGAGGAGUGAACAUUAAUACUUGAAACUCCGCUGAAGGUUACUCUCCCUAUAAUUACGUACACAUUCUGUAGUCAUCAAGGAAUACACUGCAGAGAGUGUAUCCUUGACUGCUCCACUCAGCCAGUUCAUCGUGGACACCAGCAUUAUCCCAUCAUCUGCCAAAAAUAGAGAAGUUAUGAUAUAUUCAUAUGUGUUGCGGGCUUAUUUGAGAAAAACCAAUUUGAACGUGGUCAUUAUUUCAUCCAAUUUUAGGAAGGUAGCAGUUGCCCAGGGGCAGUACCUGAAUUAACUGUCCUUUUCAGUACAUGCCAAGUGCCUUUGUUAGGUGGGGAAAAAGUGUCUCCUGAGGAAGAUAAGUACCUGAUUUUUUGUCACAGAGAAUCUCAUACUGCUAAAUGAAUAUUGCCUUUUACUGCUCUUUAUAGCUUAUUGGAAUAGGAGCUCAUUAGAGAUUGAUCUUGGAGAGUUUUUUCUUGUGAUUUUAGUUCAUAAAUAUGUCACUUCUCACUUUAUAGUGUUCAUCACUGAGUAAUAGAGGAAGUAAAAAUCCAAGAGUGGAAAUCCAUUUGCAGUUCUGUGCUGAGCCUGUAAUUCAUCUGCUAUGUUUGUUAGUCUAAGUGUUAUGCCUCAGUUUCUGUCACAAAUCGGUGAUUAUGAAAUAGCCAAAAGUGGUUUUCUAGUCUCUGGCUUUUUUUGUUUAAUUCUUGUAAAGUAGAACAGUGAAUAUGAAGUUAUCAGUAGGCUUCUUCCACCCCUGAAGUGUGUUCAUGUAAUAUUCUGGUCUCUUGUAACAACCUGAAGUACUUUUCUUGUGAUUGUUGUUGAGGCAUUAGAACAUAGCUCUGGUUAAUGGGACAUUUGUAGAGGUGGCAGAAUGACACUGGUAUUGGACAAGAGUUUGUUGGCUGGCUUCCUCUAGUCUGUAAUUUUGAAGAGAAGAAAAAGAGCACAUUUUUUGAUCAGUUGAUAUCUUUUUUGUUUUGUUUUGU